UUCAGUACUGGAAUGUUUUCGAUGACAACAAACAUGGCUACUUAAAAAAAUACCAUCUGGCAUCCAUCAGAAAAGUCAUUUGAUUAUCAUGGAACGUAAAGUUACGUGAUUUACUAGACCAGAUAACGGAUAUUAAUUCCGAGAGCAGUCAUGAAAAAGUUUAACAAGACCAGCAUGGAACCUGACCCUGAUGAAAUUUUACACCCUGGGUUAGAGUCCCUGGCCUGGACCAAGGAACAUGAGGAAAAGGCUAGAGCUAAGCGUCCCUCGGCACGGUACACCAAAUUCUCGGAGCACGCUCGGUCCAUGAUCUCUGGGGAGAAGCAGUGUGCCCUCUUCUGUGGGGGCAAGAAAUGCAAGUACUGCCGGUCCGAGAACUGGACGCCGGAACAGAUGGACAUCAACGGACUAUACUCAAACUGGGUGACAGACAAUAUUCUUGCCAUGGCUAGACCUUCAACAAAACAAAUCAAAGAACACAAAAUCAUCGAGCAGUUUAAAAAACAUGACAUUAAGAGUGUAUUGAACCUCCAAAAGCCAGGGGAACACGCCGAUUGUGGGGAGGGGCUGGAGAAAAUGGGCUUCUCCUACGACCCACAGCUAUUUAUGGACAAUGACAUUUUCUUUUACAAUUUUGGAUGUGAUGCUUGUGAUAUGAUUAAAGCUAAAAAGCCAGACUAUGGGGUCGCUGCCCUCAGCACGAUACUGGACAUGGUCAAGGUCAUACAGUUUGGGGUGUCCGAGGGGAAAGUAGCCGUGCACUGCCAUGCUGGACUUGGACGGACAGGAGUUAUUAUUGCCUGUUAUUUGGUAUUCACAAACAGGAUGAGUGGCUCUGAGGCAAUCCAUUAUGUUAGAGUUAAAAGGACAGGAGCCAUUCAGACUAGGGGUCAGAUGCAAUGUGUACAGGAAUUUGAGCAAUACUUGAAGCCAUUCCGAGUUGUCUUUGCUUCUAGGUCACCUGGAUCGCAUGAGUUUACUCUGAUGCAAUACUUAAAUCGACAAAGGCACAUGCUUCAUGGAUAUGAAGGGCGAAAACUUAAACAUGUGCCAAAGGUUAUAUAUGUUGUGUGUGAAAAGCUUCUACAGUUGGCUAAUCUGGGUCAGUCCCUCAGUAAGUUUGGCUCGAGUCGACGGAACAUGCAGGGCAGUAUGACAUCCAUGAGUGAAGACCCCAAAACAGAAUCAACCAAUCAGAGCGGGUCAGAUGUUUCUAUCAAAACUGCAGCAAAGAAUGGCAAGGACUCCUCAAAAACUAACAAAAAGGAGGGCAUACCUAGGGUAGACUCCCAAAAGUCUCUGGAACCAGAGACAUCUUCAAGACCUCCACUAUUAAAACAUGGAAGUAUAAGUAUGGAGGAUCUUAGUGAUGAAAAUUUAAAAACUGUUCUCAAAAUUGGUAAAAAUAAUGACUCGGACAGUAAUUCAUCUCGCGAGCCAUCCUUUAGCUCGAGACAGAACAGCGAGAUAGCUGAAACAUCUUCCACUGAUGAGUUACUGAGUUACAGUAAUGUGGUGUUGUCUGUCAAGGAAGUUGUGGACGCUUUAGCAACAUCAGACAUCUCAGAUGAGCAGUUUAACAUGGCAGAGAAUCUGGAGACCAAGUUAAAUGAGAGUGAGGAUGCCUGGCAUGACCUAGUUCUGGAGAAUGACCCUGUAGUUCUGGCUCAGGUCAUGUGGGAUUGGCUGGACCACCUUAAGGUGCCUGCUUUAAGAGCUCAGGAUUUGACCUUGAUCUCCCAGUUCUCAGAUGACCCUGACACUGGAUUACAGAAGUUAGAAAAAGGCACAAGAUAUACUUUGGAGUAUCUCAUAAAGAUAGUUGAAAAACUGAAACCAAUGGACAAGCUCACAGAAAACAAUGUCAUGGAGAAGCUCCUGUCCUACAUGACCCAUCAGUGGGUCACUGUAUUGGAGUCGUCUACAGCUGGCAGUAUAGACAGCUGGUCAAUGUCUACACGGAACAGUGACAGUGUGGACGAAGACCAUCACUGGGGGACCAUGAAAUACAGCAUGUCCACAAAAUUAUACGCCUUUGUCAGGAAAAUCCAGCAAAAUCUUGCCAAGGGUGCAAAGAGCUGAUUGUGGCAGCUAUGUUUAUAUUUUUUUCCUUUACUGGGUCACCUGAGUCAAGUGACCUAUUGCUAUCUGUUUUCAGUCAUCAUCAGGUGCCAUUCUUCAUUCAAGAAUUUUUUAAACCCUUUAGCUUCUUUUCUUGAACCACAGAAAUCAAUUUCAAUUAAUUUUGCAUAAAGCAUCUAUGGAUGGAGGGAAUUUUAACUUCUCCUUCAAAUAAAAAAGAUUAAUACAAGAAUUUUUGUGUGUAAUGCAAGUAUGAUGGUCAUGCAGAUAGACUUUAAAAUUGACAAAAAACUAGAUCUAUGUACAUUACCUGCUUUUCAAAGACUAAGAGAAAGUUACAUGAUAGAUUAAUAGGCAUGUUGUUUGGCCAGCAUGGUGUUAAAGACAGAUGUCUGUGUACUGAACAAGCAGUGGCAAGUAAAUAGAUCUGCCUGCUUAAUGACUUGUUACUAAGUACUAGGUUAACUAUUUUAUUCACCUCCUGAUCAUUCUAGUUUUGGACAACAUGUCUUUUUCCGAUUAUCAAUAAUUCUAUGGAUCCUUUACAGUGUUGUACUUUACACUGUUGAUCAGUUUUUAUUAUACGUCUAUGGAUCCUUUACAGUGUUGUACUAUACUCAGGUGACCAUUAGGUCCCUUUUUGGGGCCUCUUGUAACUUGCAACAAUGUUUAUAAGGUAAACAGCAAUAUAGAAAAGUGCUUCAGAAGGUCAUUGGUUUGGUUGAGUGCAUCACAGGCUCCUUUUUAAUUUCUGUGAAAAGUAUAAAACAAAAAUUUUUGAAUGUAAGAAAAGGAGCUAGAUUCUGGCAUGGAUGGUGAAAUUUUUUAUUUCAGACAUUUAAUUUUUUUUGUAAAGGCAAAGUCAGUCGUCCCCUAGUUACCUUCUUGUUAUUCCCCCUCAUUUUUCCCGAAAACUCCCGAUUAUAGACAAAUCAUGUUUUCUUAGAGAAUAUUACGGUACUUGUUUCUCUAAAUGUAAGACAAGAAUGUAUUUUAAGUACUGCAUUGAAUUGAGUUCAGUGUAUGAAGAAUAUAGUUUGAUAGUAAAAAAAUGCAUAAUAUGAAUGCAGUAGUUCUAAUGUGUAAUAAUGAAUCUCUAAUGUACUUAAUAACAAAAUUACAUCUGCGCUAAUCAAUCUUUUUAAAAUUGAAGAUAGCACACAUCUUGUUGUUUUAAAAAGUACUCAUAUGUUAUUAUAAGUCAAAUAGCCUUUUAUGCAUUUACACAAAAAAGGGACAUACAGUAAGCAGUCAGAUUUUCACAAUAUCCUCAAAACACUUCAUGUCAAAUCACUAACAGAGACUUUUUUAGUUUCAUUUUCUUAGUAUUCCUUUUAAGGAAUAGAUUGAGAGUCUAGAUGAUCUUCCAGUGUUACUAAACUGUUUUAUGGUUUGAAUAUCAAAUAUUAUAAUGUAAAUGUAAUUUAUUUUUCUCACGUUGUAAUAUUUGUAAUCUAUGGUCCGUCCAUUUUGUUUUAUGUUUUAUUCUUCUUGUUUUGAAGUUACUACUGAGAAUCAAAAUAAAUGGAUAUUUUGA